GUUCCUUGGCUACAUCAUCCCCUGACCGCAUGGCCUCGCCCAGUGAUCCCCAGUCGUCGGAUAAUUCACACCAGGACCACCAGUCGUCAGAUAAUUCACCGCCUGAUCACCAUCCACCAGACAAGCAGUCCCAGCACCAGCAGACAGACAGUCAUAAAGACGAUGAGUGUCAUUUCAAGAACACAGAGAUCGCGCUUCCUAUCACGUUUUCUCUAGAGAUGCCAUCCUAUGUAAUGAUUGCAGGUCAUCGCUUUCAUAUAAAACUGCAAAUGCCUGUUGUUAAUCAAGGAAAAUAA